AUGAUGUCAAGGCAUGUCAUCCUGAGCCCUGAGGUGAAUGGAAGAAUCCUCACUCGCUCCCGCCAAGACAUUCUAGAUUCCCUGGCGGUUCCUGAAGCUAAGGUAGAGGAGGAAGUAUUAUCUGUGGAGGGGGAAGUGGCAGAAGCACCAGCUGCAGAAGUCUUGGAAACUGAAGAGCCCAAACCAGAAGAGGAGGCUGUUAUUGCUGCCCCUAAUGUCACAGAGGAAGUGGUUGCUGAGGAGACCCCUGAGCCAGAGGAAGUGGUUGCUGAGGAGACCCCUGAGCCAGAGGAAGUAGUUCCGGUCUCCGUAGAGGAAGCUCCAGGUGCUGUUGCAGAGGAGGAGACGGCUGCGGCUCCCCUAGAGGCCACAGAGCUCCCUGCCACUGUGGAAGCACCUGAGGCUGAGGCUUCUGCCACUGUGGAAGCACCUGAGGCUGAGGCUUCUGCCGCUGUGGAAGCACCUGAGGCUGAGGCUUCUGCCGCUGUGGAAGCACCUGAGGCUGAGGCUUCUGCCGCUGUGGAAGCACCUGAGGCUGAGGCUUCUGCCGCUGUGGAAGCACCUGAGGCUGAGGCUUCUGCCGCUGUGGAAGCACCUGAGGCUGAGGCUUCUGCCGCUGUGGAAGCACCUGAGGCUGAGGCUUCUGCCGCUGUGGAAGCACCUGAGGCUGAGGCUUCUGCCGCUGUGGAAGCACCUGAGGCUGAGGCUUCUGCCGCUGUGGAAGCACCUGAGGCUGAGGCUUCUGCCGCUGUGGAAGCACCUGAGGCUGAGGCUUCUGCCGAGGAGGGACCAAUAGUAGAGGAAAUUUCCCCAGAAGAGGCUGCCCCAGUCGAAGAGGCAGCGCCAGUUGAGGCAGAGUUACAUGCAGCCGAAGAGGUAGCAGUAGUAGUGGAGGAAGCCCCAGUGGAGGAAGCCCCAGUGGAGAAAGCCCCAGUGGAAGAACCAGCAGCAGAGGAACCAGCAGCAGAGGAACCAGCAGCAGAGGAACCAGCAGCAGAGGAACCAGCAGCAGAGGAACCAGCAGCAGAGGAACCAGCAGCAGAGGAACCACCGGCGGCAAAGGAGGCUGUGGCGACAGCCCAAGUGUCUGAGGAUGAGGCGCUCGUCGUGGAGGCGGUGAUGCUGGCAGCAGCCUCAGCCCUGGAUGUCGAGGCAGAGGCAGCCCCGGCUGAGGAAGUCAAGGAGGCCCUCUUCACUUCAUGCCACCAAUGUGAAGCCCCAGCUUCUGAGGCUGAUGUGGCAGUCACCCCCAUGGAGGUUGUAGAGGCUGCAUCUGUGGGGGAAGUAGAGGCUCCCCCUGCUGGUGUGGAGGAGGCAGUCGUCGAGGGUGAGGCAGUGGAGGUGACCGCAGAGGAGCGCGCCUCCGAUUGGCCUGCUGAGGUGACCGAGGCAGUGGAGGAAGCCAAGGUGGAAGGUGCACAGAGUAUGAGCCUGAUGUUGCUGACAGCCCAGUCCUGACUGGAGACCAGCGAGAUGUGCCUUCUGGAACAGUCAGCACCCACAGCUGUCAAUCAAACAGGACGAUCAACAUAAAACACACACAGAAUUAGAACUGGUUUGAAUUGAAUUCUAUAAUUCUAUUUAACUCAUUAUAUAUUUAAAUGUUGUCUAAUGACAACAGUUGUCAACCCGGUAACUACAUUCCCGGUUCUCACUCAGUUUCUUGGUCUUGUAUUAUCCCUACCCAUGGUGAGGUGACACUUCUGUAAGGGUUUGAAGUCUGACUUUAUUCCUAGGCUCAGACCCAAAUGACACCUUAUACCCUAUAUAGUGCACUACUUUUGACCAGGGCCUGGGGGAAUAGGGUGCCAUUUGGGAUGGAUUUCAACUAUUUAUCAGUACCACCCUGUUCCCCAAGGUGGCACUGUUACCAAGCUGACGAAGACCACUUGAAUGUAUUUGAAGUUACUUGAUAAAUUAUUGUGUACUUGACAUUGCCUAAUGAAUUCUGACUAUUUUUUUUUUGAUUCAAUGAAAUAAGAUCUGAAUUGUUGUAUUAAACAGUAGGCCAUUAGACAACAUGUAGAUGGUUGUGUUCUUCAGAGACUGUUGAGUUAGUUCUGCAUGGAGUUUUUUUUAUUCAAUCAGGGAACAUCUAGAUUAAGUUUAGUUCUCAAGCCAGUAGACUGUUGGUAGACAGUGUUGUACCCAUGUGAUGUAAAAAAUAAAAUGUUAUUUUUUUCAGUCCAAUAAUAAUUUAUGUAAUAGCUUUGCAGGUGGGGUGGGGUGGUUGUGUGUGACACAGUAUGGAAAGACUAGUUGUCCAAACUAUCCUAUGGUUAUAUAUUCAUGUUGCUUGUGUAUAUUUUGUAUAGAAAGACUAGUUUGAAGAUCCAAACUAACAAUAUCCUGUCACUAUAGCCAUGUGUAUAUUUUGUAUAGAAAGACUAGUUUGAAGAUCCAAACUAACAAUAUCCUGUCACUAUAGCCAUGUGUAUAUUUUGUAUAGAAAGACUAGUUUGAAGAUCCAAACUAACAAUAUCCUGUCACUUAUUUAAGUCAUUAUGUAAGUGCUAAAACAGUUACUAUGAUGUCAUACUCAGAAACGUGUCAUAUGUUGUAUUUCUAAAUGAAAUGGAGCGUUACGCUUAUUCAGAACGGACAAGUGGACUGUCCACUUUUGACUUUGAACUUCAUUGACAUGAUUCCAUAUGUAAUUAUGAGAUUCAAUUUGGAGAGCCCUUUUUUUUAAUGGAUGAAAUGAUCAAUUCAAUAAUUUUUUAUUAUGUAUAGUAUCUGUUAUUGUGAAGACAAAUUCUUUGUAAAUAAAUCAAGGUGAUUUAAACUGUU